AUGGCAAAGCGAAAGGCACACGUCCAAUCUUUGGCUGUACAGUUACCCCAGUUCUCGCCCAGAGACUACACGUCAUUCUUCUUUGCAGGUGCGUUGUGCUGCACUAUCACACAUGGUGCCAUGACUCCCAUUGACGUCGUAAAGACACGAAUCCAAAUCAAUCCUGCGUAUGCCAAACACUCUAUGCUCUCGGGUGCCCGCCUCGUCGUCGCCACCGAGGGACCCAAGGCUCUCUUGACUGGAUUUGGACCCACCGCUGUCGGUUAUUUCGUUCAAGGCGGUGCCAAGUUUUCUGGCUACGAGUACUGCAAGAGGAAAGCUGUCGAAUUGGUAGGCAGCCCAGACGCUGCAGUCAAGUACCGGACAGCCAUAUAUCUUGGAUCUGCUAGCGUUGCAGAGUUCUUUGCAGAUAUCUUCCUUACACCCUUGGAGGCUACUAGAAUACGACUCGUCUCGGAACGCGGCUAUGCGUCUGGCCUCAUUACCGGAUUCACUAGACUGGCUCGAGAAGGCGGCAUUCGGGAGUUGUACGCUGGUUUCGUACCGAUCCUCUUCAAGCAGAUCCCCUAUGCAAUUGGCCAAUUCACGGUUAACGAACUUUGCCACGAGCUCGCCUUCCGCAGCAUGUCUUAUGAGACCCGGUGCAACCUCACACCCGCCAAGAAAUUCAGCAUUCAAUUAGGAAGUGGUGUCAUUGCCGGAUUCGCGGCCGCUAUACUGAGUCACCCUGCCGACACGCUUCUCAGCCAAAUCAACAAAGGACACGGUCCGAGUGGUUCCAUGCUCCACCGUCUUCACGUCCUUGCACGGCAGGCGGGGCCCCGCGGUCUCUUUGCAGGCUUAGGACCGAGGAUGGUCAUGACUGCCGGUUUGGUAUCUGGCCAAUUUUUGCUCUACGGUGCUAUCAAAGAAGCAUUGGGCGCUCCCCCUGGGGUAGAGAUACACAAGGAAGAAAGUGCGGUAACUCUCUAA